GUUGCCAGCUACCUACAAAUGAUCUGCUUAACUGAGAAUUUUAGAACUGAUGUAAAAGACUUUGUAACCUUGCUAAGUGCAAAUGCUUGUGAUAUCAGAAAAAGUAUCCUUUCCUUACAAUUCUGGAUUAGAAGUGGAGGUGGAAUUUUAGAAGAAAGGCCAUUAACCCUUUGUCGAAGAAAUAGCAGAAAUGUACAACUAGUUUGCUGUGAAGAUGGCCCUGAUUCAAAAAAUAACCCUAAAAACACUAAAAAGAAAUGUAUAAACCUUCCCAAAUGUGACACUGGCUGUGCUGAGACCUUGUUUGGCCUCAAGAACAUUUUUUCCCCGUCUGAUGACUUAUUUUCAUUUUUAAAGCACAAAAUGACAACAAAGGAAGACUGGCAUAAACUCAUCCAACUUCUUACAGAAUUCCAAAUGCGGAAUGUAGAUUUCUUAUAUAGUAAUCUUGAGUUCAUUCUACCAUUACCAGUUGAUGUCAUUCCAGAAACAAAAAACCUUUGUGGCUCAUCAGUAACUGUGGAUAGCAGUACAGCAACAAAAAGCAUGAAAUGUAACCCUCGGAAACAUUCUGAAGGAGAGAAGCCACUGAAAAAGUCACCAAAAAAGAAACAAAAGAAAAAGAUUAUAACAUUAGACGAUAGUGACUUAUUUGACACUGAAUUGGAAUUUCCUGAUGAACUGAUGAACCUGUCUCUUGUGUCAUCUUCCUCAAACUCACAAGAAAGCAAAGCCAGAGACAAACCAAGCAGUCCAGAGAAAAAGAAACUAAACAGAUGUUUAGACUCUAACAUUCAGUCUAUUCCUUGUUCUCCUAAAACACCAGCAGAAAAAAAAUGUUCUGCCCUUGUUUCUGAUUGUUUGAAUUCUCUCACUGAGUUCAUGGAUAACAUGUCCUUCUUAGAUGCCCUUUUAACUGACAUAAGGGAACAAAAGGAACAUGGUAAAAAUGACUUUAGUUGGACAAAUGGAAAAGUUAAAAGUGGACUUUGUGAUGAGUUUAGUCUUGAGAGUAAUGAUGGAUGGACUUCUCAAAGCUCUGGAGAAUUAAAGGCAGCUGUAGAAGCUCUCAGUUUUGCUAAAUGUUCUUCUACUAUUUCAAAAGCACUGGAAACCUCCUUGAAUCCUUGCAAGAAAUUAGGAAGAGAUCCAACCAGUGAUCUUACUUUUUAUGUUUCACAAAUGCGUAAUAAUGUACACUUUAGUCAUUCAGCAGCUAAUUUGGACAAUGCUUGGAAGAGGAUAGCAGUCAUUAAAAGUGUAUGUUCUAGUCGAACUCUUCUGUAUGUGGGUAAUAGACAAGCUAGUACAAUUGAAUACUUGCCAACUCUUCGAAACAUUUGUAGGACUGAGAAGCUAAAAGAACAAGGAAAAAGUAAAAGAAGAUUCCUGCAUUAUUUUGAAGGAAUUCAUCUUGACAUUCCAAAAGAGACUGUGAAAACUUUGGCAGCUGAUUUUCCUUAAUAUUCCUCAUGAACUAUGCCUUGUACAGAUUAUUAUGUGGUCCUUAAGAUAUUUUUAUAUUAUGUUGAUUUUCAUGGAAAAGUUUUUCUUAGUGUACAUUUAAAAAUAGACCAUUUGUAUAUUUUUUAUUGGUGUGCAAGUAUUUAAAACGAAAAAAUUUGAGCUACAAAUUGUAUAUAUAAUUGUGGUAGUAUAUUUUUCCUGAAUUUUGUGUGUUAUUUGAUUUAGCUUUGUUGGAGUAUUUUUUGUCUGUGAGUGAGCUGUUUCUGGAAGGUAGAGUUCAUUAAGAUAUUUCUAAAGGUGUUUCAGUGCUAAUCCAUACCUUUCUCCUUUCCUGUCACCCUAAUCCACCCCUCUCUAACCAUGAUCUGUCAAACUGUAAAUAUGAAUCACCUAGAUAGUGAUCCUUUUAAAAUAAGUUGACAUGAUACAAAAUAUAAAAUUACCUAUGUAAUUUUAUAAAGAGAACUUU